CGGACUCGGAAAGGCAUCUGGGGUGACCACGGAAGGGUCCCUUGGGCUGCCACUUCCGCUUCAUUCUGGGAGAAAGUUUUGCAACGUUUCCUCCCCGGGCAGUAUAAAGGGGGUGGUGGAGGGCAGGGGCGCUGGGAGGUGGCGUGGCAGCGGCCACAGGUGAGGGAGCCUCUGGCUGGCGAGACCCCUGGCUCUGGUGCUGCCCUGCACCCCAGCACGCUUUGCGCCGGAGCCCUUUGGGGUGACAUCUGGAUUUAAACCCGUACCUGUGUGCUUCCCGGUGAGAAACAGCUUGGGAUCAGGAGAAGACUCCGCACUUGAGGGGACGGCGACGGCAACAAGCAGUGAAAUGGAGUCCUUGUCCUACAGUGGAGAUUUCUCCAACAUCUUCUACCUUUACAACUACACCUAUGACUCCACAGCGAUGCCUGACACUGCUAUCUCAUCCUCCCCAUGCCGGCCUGAAAGCUCUGUCCUCAACAAGUACCUGGUGGUGGUGAUCUACUGCCUCGUCUUCAUCCUCAGUGUGGUGGGGAACGGGCUGGUGGUGCUGGUGGUGACCUCCAUCCACACCAGCCGCUCUGUCACCGACGUCUACCUGCUCAACCUGGCCAUGGCAGACCUGCUCUUUGCUCUGACCCUGCCACUUUGGGCAGCCUACCGAGCCCACGAGUGGGUCUUUGGCACUGUGAUGUGCAAAGCCAUCUCCGUGCUGCAGGAAGCCAACUUCUACAGCGGCAUCCUUCUGCUGGCCUGCAUCAGCGUGGACCGCUACCUGGCCAUUGUCUACGCCACACGGGCUGCCACCGAGAAGAGGCACUGGGUGAAGUUUGUCUGCUUGGGCAUCUGGGUCUUCUCCACGCUGCUGUCCCUGCCCGUGCUGCUCUUCCGCGAGGCUUUCCGCUCACCCAACAACGGCACCGUGUGCUACGAGCGCAUCAGCGGCGAGGACACGGCCAAGUGGCGGGUAGUGCUGCGGGUCCUGCCGCAGACCUUCGGCUUUGUCUUGCCCCUCCUGGUGAUGCUCUUCUGCUACGGCGUCACCAUCCACACCCUCCUGCAGACCAAGAACGCUCAGAAGCAGCGGGCCAUGAAGGUGAUCUUCGCUGUGGUGCUGGUGUUCCUCGUCUGCUGGCUGCCCUACAACAUCACGCUGGUGAGCGACACCCUCAUGAGGACGCGGGCCAUUGCCGAGACCUGUGAGAGGAGGAACCGCAUCGACACAGCCCUCUCUGUCACGCAGGUGCUGGGCUUUGCCCACAGCUGCAUCAACCCCAUCAUCUAUGCCUUCAUCGGUCAAAAGUUUCGCAACAGCUUCCUCAAGAUCCUGGCACAGCGUGGGCUGAUCAGCAAGGAGGCUGUUGCCCGCUACGGCCGCGCCUCCUAUGCCUCCACCUCCGGCAAUACAUCCACCACCCUCUGAGCUCUUCUGGGACCCAGCCCUGUGUGUGCCAGCAGGUCCCAGCACCCCACACACCUCAGCAUCCUCAUCCAGCCCCCUGGAAUGUGGGUGGUGAUGCCAUGGGGAUGGGCAGGGCCACCACUGGAUGCUGGACCCCAACUGGAAGGGGGCUUGGGUGGCAAGGUGGUAGGACCCCGUUGCCAGGGGAGUGAUGUCAAGUGUCCACCCUCCCCUCUCUCUGGGACAAAGCCUGUGACCCUGUGGAUUCUGUGAGCCUGCUGUGGGGGUGGUGUAUUUACCUGAUGACCAGCCAGCAAUAAAG